GCAAACAAUCCCGGCUACUGUUUCCUUACGUUCCCCUCUCAGGUGCACGCCGCUGCGGUUCUCCAGCAAGUCAACAGCACAGCAAGCAGCAAUACGCUCACGAUGCCCAACUCGUCCAAAGCGUUCACCAUGAACUGGGCCUCGUCGGUUCCAACAGCCCCACUUUCGGUGCCAUACAACGCUCCGACAGUUUCAAUACCUGGCGCACAGAAUCCAAACUAUCCAAAGGAGUACAGCAUCUUUGUCGGUGACCUGGCUCCCGAAGUGUCGAACUCGGACCUGGUGGCUGUCUUCCGCAAUCCGGUUUUGGGCCUGCGGAACGACAGGGAACCUCGCUUCAUCCGGCCAUUCCUGAGCUGCAAGAGCGCUAAGAUUAUGCUCGACCCCGUUACUGGUGUCUCGAGAGGAUAUGGAUUCGUGAGGUUCGGCGAAGAGGCGGACCAGCAGCGUGCACUCGUUGAGAUGCAUGGGUUAUACUGCUUGUCAAGGCCGAUGCGAAUAUCUCCUGCGACUGCGAAGUUCAAGCCGAUGCCGGGCAUCCCUAUGGACUUCUCGCAGAUGCAGUACCCGUCUCCGUACUCAUCGCUCCCGGAUCCGCAGCAACUCGCGCUCGUGCUACCCACUCCGACCGGAACGAAGAGUGUCUCUACUCCUCUGGCGUCUUCCGGCGGCAAUAAUGGCCCUGGUGUUGGCAGCGUCUCUGGAUCGAACUCUUUCUCUGCACCCUCGUUAAAUUCGGCAAGCAGCAUGGCUUCAUCGGCUACGCUUGCCUCGACACCUUCCGAGGACGCUUUGAAGGGCUUAUCGCUACCGGGCAGCAACAAUAGCUCGUCCCCCGCGCCUGCAAACUCUGCUGCUCCGAGCUCCAUUUCAGCGGCACUCGCUCAGCAGACCCAUGAUCAGCUGAUGGCGCAGAGGUACAACAUCCCAGAAGAGUCAUGGAAGCACCACGCUCAGGCGCGCGCGAUACUUUCGAACCUCAUUGGACCUAACGGUGAGCAGCUAACGUCCUCGGAUCCGUACAACACUACCGUGUUUGUCGGCGGGCUGUCGCCUCUCAUUUCGGAGGAGACUCUGAGGACGUUCUUCGCUCCAUUCGGUGAGAUUCACUACGUCAAGGUGCCUGUAGGCAAGCACUGCGGGUUUGUCCAGUUCGUCCGCAAGCCAGACGCCGAGCGCGCUAUCGAGAAAAUGCAAGGCUUCCCGAUUGGCGGCAGCCGGAUUCGUUUGAGCUGGGGCCGGAGUCAAUAUAAAGCGGCACAAGCAGCUGCUCAGGCAGCACAAGCAGCUGCGCUCCAAGCUCAAUAUCAGCAGCUUCAGACGCCUCCUCAAAACCCGCCCUCCCUCACGGCUGAGCAAGCGCUGCAGCUCCUUGAGAAGUUCGGCAUCACGCAGUUCUUGAAUUCGGGCAGUCAGAUCCCCAUCGCGAACCUCGAAGCUCUCCAGGCCGCGCAGCAACUCAACGAGCAGCAGCAGCAGCCAUCACAACAACAACAGCAGUCGAUGGGCCAGUACGACGUCUUCGGUCCUUCGUUUGAGGCGGGCUCGAGCUUUGGCUCGUCAUUCUCUCCCUUCUCUCCUGACCCUAGCUACCUCGGAGAGAGCCUCAGCCGGGACAACAGUGUCUCGGUCUCGCCCGGCCAGUCGCAAUCAUUCUCGUCGACUUCGUCGAAGGGCUAUACUCCCUGGUAUUCGUCCGCGCCUCAGGACGACAAGGUUGCCGGAUCAAGUAGCAGUGGAAAAGCCUCGCCCACCGGCCCUGCGGCUUGUUCGCGUCCGAAUUCUGUGCGGCCCUUUGCCAGCUUCCUCGGCGGCGACUCUCAGCCCAACCGCGCCUCGAGUAGGCAAGAGGGCCCCAUCGCCCGACCUGAGAUCCCUAGACGGCCUUCCCAGGGUAUGGAGCAAUACACUGCCGGCCAAGACCGAGAGCACAACUCGAUUCACGAUCUGAACGGCACGCUUGCGAGCCUGAACUUGGGCAGUCAGGGUUCGUGGAAGUCCGGCAACGACAGCUCGCUCCAGGCCUCUUCAUAGAGCGGUGGCAAGACCGUGGCGUGGAGCAGCGCGUCCGAUAUCCCUGAAUGACUCGUGGCUUCGUCCGUCCGUUAUUCUCUUUCCCCAUGUUUUGGUUUACUUGUUCUCUUCGAUAUGUCAAUCUGCCGCAGGGCUUCCGACGACGAAAGGUCCUGCCCCCAAACGCUUCUAAGUUUGUUAUGUCUCAUGUUAUUUUUUUCGAUGACGCCCUCUCACAUUGGCCGGUUUUCCUUCCCCGUGCCGCCCCCACCUUACGCCACGACAUACCGUCACGCAAAUUCUUCCGAAUAUUGGAUCGUUCCCCUCUUUCUUGUACCGUCUCUUCACCCAAAUUCGUCGCACACUAGGCCCCGACCCGAUCUCAUUUCCUCAGCCUCUCUAUCUAACCUCGAAGCAACCAAACGACAACGCGAACACACCCAUACUAUCCCAAAGACAUGCAUGCGUUUCCUACGUUCUUCUCCAAUGUUCAGUGAUUGUUCAUGUUUCUUGUCUGUGCCUCGUGUUCUACAGUUGUGUGUCGUUUUACCUACAACGCUUUUAAAAGCGCACUUUCACUGUCAUAUCUCCCUUCUGUUAUCUUCCUCGCCAGCUAGCUUGGCGUGUCGUAGCCCCUCUCGUUCCCUGUCGCAAUCUUCUCUAUCGACAUUGUGCUAUUUUGUUGUGAAAUCGAACGGACUUCUGGUCGCAACGCAAUAACUAAUCGUGAC